AUGGCCCCGCCGCUUUCGCACCCGAGAAAGUUCAAAGUUUACGUCCGAUGGAGGCCACUUAACAGUUCCGAGGGCGAGUCAGCUGAGAUCGAUCGAACCAUUGCCGUGAAUGAGGAUUCAUCCAGGUCGCUGGCGCUGAAGAGUCCUCUAGACGUACCACGGAACCGUUCAUGGAAAAGCGGUGCUUCCUCCUUCACGAACGUCUUUGAGGCUGGUUCAGGCAAUGAAUAUGUCUUUGAGCAUGUCGUGGCCCCGACUCUACCGCUGGUGCUCCAAGGUCAGACAUGCAAUUUCUUUGCUUACGGUCAUUCUGGCAGUGGGAAAACGCACACGAUCAUUGGCUACGACUAUGAGCGCGACGAGCACCUGGGUUUAUUCCUCAGAGCGGCACGGGAGCUUAUGAUGGAGCUUGAUACGCUGAACGCAAAGUUGGUGGGAGCGGAUAAGCAGAAUCAAGUACAGACUGCGAAGUUUGGUAUUGGUUUGCGGCUCUAUGAGCUUCGACGGAAGAGUGCUUUCGACCUUCUCAAUGGUCACAGUGAAUGCCACAUCCGUGAAGGUCCCGAUGGCCAGACUCAUAUUCGAGGCGAGACUGAAACUCUGGAAAAUGGUAAAGUCCGAGUCCGCCCGAUCGAAACGCGAGCUUGUUGGACGUUCGACGAGGUCCGUCAACACCUCCUUGAGGGACUACAAUUAAGGGCGACUGGCUCAUCGACCGUUCACGAUGAAAGCUCACGUACUCAUGCGGUGUUGGAGCUCGAAGUGGUAAACUCGGCCCUCCUUGAGGCCCGCAACAUAGUCAUCGAACGACAAUCCGAGCUAGUGCCGGUAGGUAAGAAGGCAACCGAUAUCUACCUGGAGGAAAUGUCUGGCGCCUACAUCAAAGAUGAAACAGGGAAGUACCAGCAAAACCCAGACUACACUCCGAACCAAGCUCGUAUCGAUGCAGCAGAGGAAGAGAAGCGGGACUUUGAAGAUCGUCUGGCCAAAGCUGAGGCCGACGUAUCUCUCCUCUCUAGUUCAAGUCCUCACCCAUGCCUCGGUGGCAGAUUCGUCUUUGUCGAUCUCGCAGGAUCCGAAUAUUUCGAUCAAGGGAAAGGCACAUCUACGUUGGGACCGAAACCGAGUCCCCAAGAACGACAGGAAGGCAGGCAAAUCAAUACAGAUCUUUUCGGGCUGAAGGAAGUCUUGAGAGCUCGGGCUGAAGGACAGGCACGAAUCCCGUUUCGCUCCUCACCUCUGACAAUGGCUCUCCGAGAGCAUUUUGUAGGUGAAGAUGGCUCGUCAGCUAUGGUUUUGACGGUCUCACCCUCGUCGGAUCAGUUCUCUGCGACCACGAAUACACUGAAAUAUGGCGAUCUUGUUGGCAUGGCGAGUGCCAGCGGUCCUAUCAGUGCAAAAAUCCCUGCUGUUGCUACGCAGAAGGCGGGAUAG